GCUGUUAACAUUGUUUUGACUGUUGACUGCUGACUUGUUAAGUCUUCACCUACUUCCUAGACUUUUCUAUUGGUGUUAUAACUCAUUACUAUCAUUUGCUGUUUCUAGUUGUGUCAGUUUGGUAUUCAAAACGGAAUAAUUGUAUAGACUUCGUAAUAGCCGUUAUUACCAAUUAAUAAAUAUUAUAAAUAAUUAAUAAGUAAAUUGGGUAAAAUUGAUCUAAUGUACUAAAAAGCAAACAACUGUGAUAAUAUUUUAUAAAUUUUACCUAUCUUUAAAAAAAAUGACUAUGGGUACAGAAUAUGAAAAAAAAAUCGCUGAACUUGAAAAAAAAAUUAAGAAUUUCCCAAAUUUUCCUAAACAAGGAAUUUUAUUUUGGGAUAUUUUCUCAGCAAUAUCAGAUGGCGCAGCAUGUAAACUUCUACAAGGACUUUUAAUUGAGACAAUACAUUAUAAAUAUCCUGAUGUGGAAGCUGUAGUUGGCCUGGAGUCAAGAGGCUUCCUUUUUUCAUUCUCAAUAGCAGCAGAGAUGGGAAUAGGAUGCCUACCAGUACGGAAAAAAGGAAAACUGCCUGGAGAAGUUAUAUCAUAUAAAUAUGAUUUAGAGUAUGGAUCGGACACAUUGGAGAUCCAGAAAAACUCAAUGAAACCUGGGCUAAAAUGUGUUAUUAUUGACGAUUUAAUAGCUACAGGUGGUUCUCUGAAUGCAGCUAUACAGUUGUUACAAAAUAGUGGAGCUGAGGUCCUUGGUUGUCUGGUAAUAAUUGAACUAGAAUCUUUAAAUGGACGUAAGAACAUAUCAAAAAAUAUACCUGUUCAUUCCAUGAUCAAAUAUGACUAAUUGAUCUCUAUGUACAAAGUAAACAAGAUGUCACCUAUUUAGGAUUAUUUUCUCACAAUCAUUUUGGUUAAUUCAAUAGAUAAUUUUUUUAUAAUCUCUAUAUAAUGUUCUGGAAACAAAUCUGUAACUGGAUUAAAUGUAUUCUGGAAUGUUUAGUAAUUAAUAAUUUUAAAUUUUUAAAUUUUAGUAAUUAACUAAGCUAUUUAGUAUAAUUAUGCUUGUUGUAAUUUUAUUGUAUUCAUUUAUACUUCAUUGUAUUACUUUGUUUAAAGGUUAUCUUUCAUUAAAGGGCAGGCCAUUAAGUUCAUCUUUGAUAAUUAUAUACAUUGUUGUUGAUUUACUUAAUCAUCAGCUUAAGUAUGUUAGAAAAAAAUUAAUUAUAUAUAUAUAUAUCCAUAAAUGUAUGCAUAUUGCAUAUUGUUUUAGAUAUUGAUUCAAAUGUAAUUUUCUGUAAUAGACCACAAUGUAAAUGAGAGUUUGUCAAUAAUUGUGGUUGAAAUAAAAACACUAUAUUGAUCUAUGACCCAGUAUUGAAUUAUAGUUAUUUUUUUAAAUUCAGUUUCUUGUAUACUGAUACUAUAAUAGAAAGACAUAAAAAUAAUGGUGUUAUUCUGUGUUAAUAAACAUUAAAUCUUCUUGCACAAUAUAUUUGAAAAAUGGAAAUUUUAGUAUUAUUUAAAUAGGCAAUACUAAACUUUUAAUAUAAUAAAGAGCAUUUUAAAACCAUAUGUUCCUAUAAAGUGUCAUAAUGCACUUUUACUUUUACUGUAAAGCACGCCAAAUAUUUAGUUAUAUAUAAUGUCAUACAAACUGUAAUUGUUUAUGGCAAUAAUAUUCGUUGUGGCUUAUAGUUUUGGCUAUUAGUUUGUAGCAUAUUUUAUUAGGAUAAAUAAUAUUUUUCUUAGUAAAGUAAAUCCAAUCUUACUUAAAAAAACAGUAAACAAUUUUGAUAUUAAAAUCUAACAUUGUACUAUAAUUUAUAAAUAAGUACUGACUAUGGCGCCUUCAACAGGCGAAUGUUAUAUGAAAUACAUAUUUUAUAUUUUUGAUUCAUGUAUUAGGUCUAUAUGCAUAGAGAUUUACCAUUUAAAAGUGGAAACAAAACAACUAAUUGAAAUAUUUUUCGUCUAAAUUUGUAUUAUGAAUUAACGUUAUUUUGUAAGUUCAUUAUUUCUUCUGAUGAACAAGAUCGCGUAUUAUUAGAUAUUUCCAGUUUAUAUGUGAAAGAAAAAUUUAUUGACGCGGAAACAAAUGAAAUACGUUGAUAAAAUACAUGAGCUUCGAUAUAUUUGAAUUUAUUCAAUAAACAUCAUAUCUAUGCUGUGUUCAGUGCAUCAAUAGAGUCAUAUUUCAGGACCUAAUACUUUAUCCAAUUAUUAAAUAUGCAGAAAAGCAAUAUUUUUAUAGGCUGUGAUCAUUUGCUUCAUCAAAAGCAUAUGUGAUCUUCAAACCAAAAUAAUGUCAUAGUGAAUAG